GAGGCCGCGGAUACCGCCCGCGACGAGCAGAGCCUCAACAGUGUCCACGACAGCGAUUCCGAGGCGCCCUUGUCGACCUUGCAGGGUGGCUGCUUCAAGGACGGGCACAAUGGCGCACCUGCGUCUUCGGGGGGGGCACCCGUCGACGAUGACAUCGCCGCCGCCGCCCCCCCGACGGCGGGAGCUGGUGAGGAGGAGUCGGCCGAUCCGCCAGCUGAGGGGCUGGGCGGAACGCAGCUCGGCGCCCGCUACGUGCCAGCCUGCCUGGGUGGGGAGCUGGCAGAGUCGCUCGAGCAGAUCGUGGGGGACGCCAUCGCCCCUCACUUGCCGAAUGCGGGCGACAGUGCUGGCAGCUGUGGCCUCCCAGAAGGUGGGCAUGGGCAGGCAGAGGCGGAGGAGUACGAGCGGCGGCGGAAGUCAGGAGGCCGGCAGCUGGAGUCGCAGCCGCAGGAGAUCAGUGACGAGGAGAUUCGCCAGAUGGAGCAGAAGGCAGAAGAGGAGAUGAAGCGCAUGGAGGAGGAGCUUGCUGCAGACGAGGCAGACGCCAGGGAGGCAGAGGCAGCCGCCCUGCGCCUGGAGGAGGAGCAAGGCAGGAAGGCGGCGGCGGCCAAGAGGAUUGAGGAGGAGAACAGCCGCUGGCUGCAGGAUCGGCAUAAGGAGUGGAUGCAGGAGCGUCAGGCGCGCAUGGACGCGAGCAUCGCGACUGCUGAGGCGGCCCUCGGGGUGGAGGGUGGCGGCGACCUUGACGUCCGCAUGCAGGAGCAGGCGGAGCUGGCCAGGCAGCAGCACCUGAAGGACGAGCAGGAAAAGCUGGAGCGCGAGAGGAACGAGCAGCUCCAGAAGAAGCGUGAGGAGGUGGUGAAACGCAUGGAGGACAUGAAGCGGAAGAAAGAGGAGGCGCAGCACAACGCUGCAAAGAGGAGGAAGCUGGCGGAAGAGAGGAUACAGGCGGCGCAGGCGAACCUCACCGCAACGCAGAAGGUGAUUGAGGCGAGCCAGAAGCUGGUCGAGGACGGAGCCGUCGACGCAGCAGGUGGCAGCGCCCCCGAGACCGACGAUGUCACACGGGUGGUGCGCAGGGAGCUCGAUCGCAGCAGGAGCCGCAGCCCUCACCCGCUGGACAUCACACCCCAACUAGGCUCGAAGGGUGGCAGGGACGUCGACGGCAGCGCUGGCAAAGGAGAGCUGACAGCCGCGCCGCCGCCGAAGACAAAGCAGGAACUCCUGGCCGAGAUCGAGAAUGAGGCGGACCUCAUCACCAGGGACAUCGCGUCAGGUCACAAUGCCGACGAAAUGACGAUGGAGUUUGCUGCCCAGCGCCUCGUCAAAAUUUUCAACUCCGACGCGCUGAAGAGGAUCCAGGAGCUGCGGGCGAAAGACCCUCUAUGGGCGGAGGAGGAGCGCAGGAGGACGGGCCAGACGGACAAGACGAUGGACGACGAGUUCACGGAGUUCUGGGAGACCAUGCAAGGCAAGGACUUCUACUUCGACCUGGACGAGUCCAUUUCGAAUCCAGCGGCAGCGAAGUGGAGGAGGGCGAAGCAGGCCGACCAGAAGCUCGCCGACGACUACAAGGAGGCGAAGGGGUGGCCUGCAAAGGCCAAGUUUAGGAGAGACUGGAUGGAGGGUCAGUUCACACUAUGGGCGGCAGAAACGAAGUACAAGAGGGGCGAGAUCAACGAGAAGGCGGAGAGCAAGGACGGCCAGUACAUCCCGCUGGCCAGGAUCGCAGUGGAGUAUGGCGGUGGGUUGACAGGCCUCCGCGCGGCAAUCAACUGGUGCCAGAGUUGCAUAUUGCUGGGCGGCGAGCACGUCGAAUACUGCCCGAGGGCCAAGCAUCUCAACUACCUGCACGUGGUCCACAAGCUCACGGACACCUACAAGAAGACGAUGGAGAA